GCCAGGAUAACAAAAGACAAACUUUCCCAUAGCUGACACACUCACCGACAGCCGCAGGCUCAAUAGUAAGGUUCAUGCAGGCUGUCUCCCUGUUCUGAGUGAGUGUGUGGGUGUGUGUGGUGGAGUGCUCCUCCUCUUUGAUAAGCCUCCUCUUCGCCUCCAUCAGCCCACAGUCCGCCGGGAAGUCUUGUCGGCGCCAUCGGGAUUCUCACCGGGACCUUUCUUCAGUCAUGAUUCGGGUUUCUUCGCCUGUGUUUUUGCUGUUAUUGUUUGCGCUCCAGGCUGUUGCUGUGGUGUGGGCCAACUCUGGAGAGAGUCUGGUAAGAAAAAGAAGAGAAUGGAUUCUCCCUCCAAAGCCACUGAAGGAGAAUGAAGACUACACUAAGCAAGAAUCUAUUGCCAGGAUUCGAUCAGAUGCUGAAAGUGUGGAAAAUAUUGAAUACUCUCUAGAAGGCAUUGGUGCAAACAAAUAUCCCUUCCAUGUGUUUGUAGUUGACUCUAAAACUGGACUAAUUCGUGUGACCAAAGUUCUUGACAGGGAGGAGAUCGACACGUACAAUCUGUCAGGUGUCGCUAGGUACAGUGAUGGCAGAGAAGCAGAGAAAAAUAUUGACAUACGAAUCAAGGUUGUGGAUGAGAACGACAACUCUCCAGUGUUUGGAGUCAUCGAGCCCGUGGAGAUGUAUGAAUGCAGUCCUGUAGGCACUUCAGUUAUGAAUGUAACUGCUACUGAUGCUGAUGAACCAGGAAAUAAGAACUCUCAGAUCUUCUAUUCCCUCAUUAGUCAGAAUCCACCUCAUGACAUAUUUAGAAUUGAGGGUAAUGGGACCAUCUACGUCAAAAGGGCUGAUCUGGACAGAGAGAAAGCAGAUUUGUACACUCUGACAGUGCGGGGUCAAGACCUAAAUGGCGCUCAAGGGGGAAACACUGGAACCGGCACUGUUACCAUUAAAGUCCUUGAUGUGAAUGACAACCCACCCACCCUGGAAAAAUCAGAGUAUGAGGGCAACAUUGAGGAGAACACACAGGGUGUGGAGGUGAUGAGACUAAAAGCAAAUGACCUGGACCUGAAAGGCACAGAAAACUGGGAAGCUGUGUUUGACAUUGUGCAAGGCAACGAGGCAGGGUACUUCAGCAUCAAGACAGACCCCAACACCAACGAGGGCAUCCUAAUGCUUGACAAGGCUGUGGAUUAUGAGGAUGUCAAGGAUCUUCAGCUUGGAAUAGGUGUAAGGAACAAGGCUCCACCCUUUGAUGGAUCUGGGGUAAAUUCUGUAGCUGGUGUAAGUUUUGGAGGGGGAGCAGGCGGUGGAGGAGGAGGCGGAGGGGGAGCAGGGGGUGGAGCCAGCGGUGCCAGCGGAGCCAGCGGAGCCAGCGGUGCCAGCGGAGCCAGCGGAGCCAGCGGUGCCAGCGGUGCCAGCGGAGCCAGCGGAUCAUGGCAAAGUGGGACAAAAAUGAACAUCUACCCAGUCAAAAUCAAUGUAAAGAACCAGCCUGAGGGGCCACGUUUUCUCCCCAAAGUCAAAGCCAUUCCUGUCUCAGAGGGAGGCAAGACUUUCAACAUUAAAGAUGUUAUCGCCAGGUACCCUGCAUUAGAUGGAGGCACUGGGAAACCAGCAGAGAAAGUCAGGUAUGCCAAGGGCUUAGACCCUGACAACUGGUUUACCAUCGACCCAAAUACAGCUGAGAUCAGACUGAACAAGAUGCCUGACAGAGAAUCUUCACUCGUGGUCAAUGGGACAUAUUUUGGUCAAGUACUUUGCAUUUCAGAAGACAUGCCCGCUAAAACAGCCACCGGCACCAUAGCCAUCCAGGUGGAAGAUGCUAAUGACCACUGCCCCACCCUGACCAGUCACAUCCAGACAAUGUGUACCACGGAUACUUCUGUUAUUGUGAACGCCAAAGAUGAGGACGCAUCUCCUAACGGACCUCCUUUUGACUUUGUCAUCAUCCCAAAGGGCACACAGGGCCAAUGGAAGGUGGAGCAUCUCAAUGACACUGCAGCUAUCCUGAGAGCCCAGGAGUCCAUGUGGCCUGGUGUCUAUGAGGUGGAAUUGGCAGUAAGCGACAUGCAGGGACAGGUCUGUCCAGAACCACAGAAAGUGAAGGUCCAAGUUUGUACCUGUGAGGAUGGAGUGGUGUGUGGAAAAAGAAGCAGCCAUGGUCAGGCCAGCAAAGAAGCAGUGUUAGGACCUGCAGGCAUUGGACUGCUAUUACUGGGCCUGCUGCUCUUACUACUCAUUCCUCUGUUGAUGCUCUUCUGCCAAUGUGGGGAGGCUGCUGGUCUGCCAGGGGGCUUUAGUGAGAUGCCUUUCGACACCAAAUCACACCUUAUUAACUACCGCACUGAGGGCCAGGGAGAGAACACGGAGGUGCCGCUACUGACCAUGCCAACACAAUUGGAUGGAGGUAUGGCCACUAUGGGUAUGAUGGCUAAAAAAUCUUCAGCAAUUGGGCCCAUGGCAGGUUUGGAUUUCCAGAAAUCCGUCACUUCCAUGGAUGAGAUGAACGGGGCUGCCUAUCAGGACGGUUUUGGAAGUGGCCACAGAGAAGGGACAUGGGGGACGAUGAACCAGCAGAACUUCUACUCUGAGUUUGAAGGACGAGAAUCGAGAACAGGUGGAGGAAUCUAUGAUGGCAUGGCUUUGCCAGACUACUUCCUGGGAGAGUACUACAAUCAGAAGAUGACCAGUGGAAACGAGAGCCUUGGUGUGAAGGAUGGUCUUUUGGUUUACGAUUACGAGGGCCAGGCCUCCCCUGCUGGCUCAGUGGGCUGCUGCAGCCUCCUGGAGUCUGACAACGACCUGCAGUUCCUCGAUGACCUCGGGCCAAAGUUCAAGACCCUGGCUGAAGUGUGCGGAGGCAAGAAGAUCGCAACUGAAGUCAAACCUGUGUUCACUCCUCCGCCCAGUGCCUCCAUCAAUACUCAGAGCUCAGUAUCAAGUUUGANGACUGCCCAACAGCUGCCCCCACCCCCCAAGCUGCAGCCGACUAUUGCCGAAACAGGGCAGACUGUAGUCAGGGAGACAUCUGAGCGUACUGAGAUGGUGAAGGAAAGCAAGGCCGCGGUGAGGGAAGGGAUGACCACGGUGAAGGUGAACCAAGGGAUGGCAAAUCAUGGCCAGAUGCUCCUGCUACAGCAGCAGCAGCCUGUCUACUACACCACCGCUCCUGUUAUGCAGUCGAUGCAGUACGUAGUCCAGCCACAGAUUCAGAACACCAUGCUGCUGGCCGAGGCACCAUCCACCAACUUGCAGGGCAUGGUACUGGUUAAUGGCACCCAGACUGGAUCUUCCCAAGGCAUGGUCGUUCAGGGGCAGACAGUGAUGUCCAGCGCACAAGCCCGGGGCCCCGGCAUGGUGCUGGUGGAGAGCGGCAGCGUCCAGGGGGGUGGUGCCAACCUGAUCUACACUGGCAACCUCUCUGGCUCCCAGACCAUGAUGGUCGUGGAGGGCAAGGUCCCUGCAGGGUCAAUGAAAGUGCUGAAGGGGAGCCAGACCUGCCUCGUGCAGGGGGGCACUCUACAGCCAGCAGGGCUUUCAGGAUCUCACAGAGUCCUGGUGGUCGGAGAGACAACAAGCAGCGGAGGGCAUCUGGUCCAAGAGGCAGGAGGUCAGUCCCAGAAGAGUGACGUCUCCGGAUCUCAAAGAGUCCUCUCCAGCAAGGGCAGCACAUCCACUGGAUUUCAGAGCAGCAUGGAGGGUUACUCCACCACCACAGUGAGCUCAACCCCCACCUACCAUAAGGUGCAGGAGACAACAUACAUUAAUUGAAUGAGAGACCGUCAGAACAGCAGAUGACCUUUUCAGUAAUGCCAAUAAGCGUGUUCCUCUGGCCUGGCCGUGGUGAUGAUGGGAUGCUCUUGGGACUCAACUAAUGCAAGACAUUUAAUGGAAAGGGGGCAGGGUCGACAAAUUGGACAAUACAAUUCUCCAAAUCAAGUCUGUCAAUACCAAAUGAGCAGCCUCCCUCAAACAGCGCCUUCCAAAGGUCUGCGGGCAACUCCAAACACAACCAAUAUUAUAGUACGUGGUCAAUACUCUCCACAAGGAAGGGGGACAAUAAAGAAAUUUAAUGUAAAUAAAUGGAAUAAUAAAGACUGUAGCUGACCCUCCCAAGCUAAAACUAUUCCAGGUGGCCUAUCUAAUGACUUCACCCUGCCCUACAUCUCUACUGCUAUGAACUUGGCUUGGGCAUAAAGCCAUUGCAGCAAAGCUAUCUCCGGACACCUCCCUUCCCCAACUUUUUUGUUGAAGUAUCUUACAUACAAAUACUAAUAAUUUUUUCUUACAUUUGCCUUCUCCUUCUUCACCUCUCUCUGCCGUUACACAAGCACAUUUAUCUGUACUACACAGAGCUCCACAAUGAAAUUAAAGUUGUAGCCCCUUCAUGCUACACACACUGUACAUACAAUUAUUUAACACUACAACCACCAGGGGUAACCGUAUACCUAAACCAAAAUGGGUAAAAUGAAAAAUAAAACAAUUAGAAUGCAUUGAUUAUUUCUGCUACAUGUGUCCCCAAACACAUUUUAUGCAAACAUUCAGGACCUUUGCUGUGCAUUUCCCACAAACAGCUGAAUGCUCUGCUUGCGUUUAAAUCUGGCUUCAUCUUGACAAUUUUUAACAAUACACACUUUAAGGAAAAGCCAAAGACUAAGGGAAUGGAAAACAUUCACAGGUACAUUUUACCCACUGGGGGUUCUAAUGUUGAAAUUAGAAUAGCUCAUCAUGUUGAGUAAACAAUGAGUACAUCCUCAUGUUAUGUUUUUUGUUAUUUCUUGUUAUAGUGCCUUGUAUUAUCUCCCAUAUAUAAGCUAUAUGCCGUCUGUUGUUUUGCACCAAUAAAAAGAUACUUAAAUACCUAAAGACA